UCCCAGAAUGCCGCUGCUCAAUUCCGUUAUCACUUCAAUUCCACUCUGAACAAGAUACACAAAUGUCAGAUUUGUUACGUUAGUAGCAGACCGACCCGGCUUGGUUAAAUUUGUAGGAAAUGCUAAUCUUUCCCCGUGUCAAAAGCUUAUUUAAAUAUUUGUGUCAAGGCGCUUUAAAUCGGCGAAAAAUAAGCAGUUGAGCAGCUUUGCUAAUUAAAAACUAGCUAGCUAACGUUUCUAAGUUAGCCUACAGAAGAUGGAAGCUAGCUCACCAGCUUGUAUUCAUACGGGGGAAUACUGUUGCUAGCUAACUUAGCUAGUUAAUGUUAAUAAAUAAACCGGCUAGCAUCACAUGCUCCGCCGUAGUCCUGUCUGCUAGCUAGCUAACUUCACAGAGAAGCUUCAGCGAUGGAAGAAGUUGACAACAUUUUGAUUCACGCCCUCAAACAAGUCGGCACGGAGGUGAGUGAGGAGACCGGCAGCAUCCACCAGUUCAGCAGUGAGCUCAUAGUGGAGGCCGUGGUCCGAUGUAUCCGGGUCAUAGAUCCAGGCCUGGGGGGCGCCCUGCCCACCUCCCUCCCUCCUGGCAUGUCCGCCCGCUUUCGAGUGGGCAUGAGCCUGGCACAGGCCUGUCAGGACAUCGGUUAUAAAGGAGAGAUCGGCUACCAGACCUUCCUGUACAGCAACGAGCCCGAGAUCCGCUCCCUGCUCAUGUUCCUGGUGGAGAAGCUGCCCAGAGAAAGUGCCGAGGCCUCAGACCAGCCAACAGGUAAAUCGGGGGUGCUCCAGAAAGCCAUCGCCGCUGCGAUCAAAGCCCAGCUGGCUGUGCCCUGGCUGCCUCCAAACUGCAGACUGCCACUGCACGGUGAAACACAAAGUUCAGGAGCACGGCACAGCUUCCACGUCCAGCCUCUCAGUUUACCGCACCGCACUAAAGGUCCAGGGAAGAAGCAGCUGAAAGAGCUGGAGGACUACCAGCGAGACAUUCUUCCUCCUGUGACCGCCCAGCCUUCCCAUCAUGCCUCUGUGGUGGCGUCCAUCCUGGAGCAGCACACUGCAGACCUGAGCGCCACGCAGGAGUGGGACAACGAGUGGAACACGCAGGGACUUCUGUCUCGCCUCACGCCACAGGCAAGUCAUCCGACUCACUACAGCAGGGGUCUUCAACAGGGGCUGGUCCACGUCGCUGCAGAGCUGCUGGAACUGCUGCUGGAGGGACGCCUGCUCCUCCUGCUGCCGGAGCUGCACGUCACUCUCCGACUGUGGGUGCCCUUGGUCAGGAUGUGGUCGGAGGGGGCGGAGCCUCUGAAGGCCUGCAGCAGCUCCGAUAGGUCGGAGGCGGAGCGAGGGCCGCCAAAGGCACUUUCGGGACAGGGCAGGGCCGCCGAACGCAGCUGCUCCUCGAUGCGUUUACGCAGCCGGGAUCCCAUUUGUUUAAUUCUGAACACUUUCCUUCAUUUCCUUCAGCUGGAGUCGUCCAGGAAGCUUUCUGAAAUCAAGUCUCUGCACGACAAGAUCCGCGUGUCUACGGAGGAGGCCAAGAAGAAGGAAGAAACCUACAAACAGCUGGUAACCCACCGCACAUGUGUGUUUCUGGAUGAACCUAUUUUUAAUGUUUUUAUGUGUUUUUGUCAUUUAAAGGACGCCAAAAAAGACGAAUCCGUCCGCAAAUCCUACAAGUACCUGGCGGCCCUGCAUGAAAACUGCAGUCAGCUGAUCCAAACCAUCGAAGACACCGGGACGAUCCUGAGAGAGAUUCGGGAUCUAGAGGAGCAGAUCGAGACAGAGAACAGCAGCAAGACGGUGGCGAACCUGGAGAGGAUCCUGGAGGACUACAAGGCCAUGAGGCAGGAGAACUCGGCACUCGCCGCCAAAGUCCGAGAAGGCUGAAGGAAGUCCUGGUCCGGUCCGGUCCGCCUGCCGAGGCAAAGGUUAUGGGGGAAAAAACUAAAAUCCUGGAGCCCUACAAACCCGAAUGGGACUGAAACAGCACUCCAAUGAUUGAGACACUUAUGCGACUUUUAUUUUUUUUUAUUUUUUUGGGAUCCACGGAGCUAACCCGGCAUUUAAAUGCACAAUUCAUACGGAUAUACGAAGAUAACACUUAGUGUUUUUAAUUGUCAAACUGAUUUCCGUGGCCGGGCGUGCUCUCCGAGGGUCCCCUGCACCGCUGCCGUCGCCGUCGGACCUUUAACAGCUGAAAUGUGAACUCGUUCAUAUUGAUGUACAAAAACAACAUUUUCAUAAGGUAUCUUGGAUAACAUCAUAUCUUUCACUGGGAAUUUUUAACACAGGCGUCGUUCCGGCGUUUUCAGGCGUUAGCGGUCCCCCGGGCGACGUGUUUAUACUCUACCUGAACACGUUGAGGGAUCGGCUUUUGAAUGUAGUCUUAUUAAUUACGCCGUUCGGAGGAUUGUUGUACAUACAGUAUGGUGCCGACUUGAAUAAAGAUGCCUUACAAACU